CUCGGUGUUUUUUAAAUACAUCGGGCAAACGACUCGCGCACAAAAACGGGCUGCUGCCCAAGAGCCCACCCGCCUGCUUUUCCAUCCAAGCGGUCUGGUACUUAUGGACGGCGCGGCCUCGGACGACGAGGAGAUCUCGGCGCUGGGCGCGUCGCCCGCACGGCCGCGCGCCGGGGGCAGCGCCGCCUCGUCGCCGACGCUGUCGCUGCCCGAGUCGUUUUCCAACCUCGGCGGCGAGCCGGCGCCCCUCGCGCGGCAGCUCGAGUCGGAGCUCGCGGCGACGCACGAGCGGCGCGCGGCCGAGCGCGAGGCGUACCACGCGCGCCUGGCGGCCGCGCGGCGCGACGCGGACGCGGCGCGGCGGCAGGCCGACGCGCAGGCCGUCGAGCUCGCGCGGGCGACGGAGGCGCUGCGGGACCGGCGCGACGCCAUCGACGACGGGUUCCGCGACGGCCUGGCGUACGCCGUCGACGCGGGCGGCGACGAGGCGGCAACCGCGUCCGUCCGCGCGCUCGUCGACGAACUCCGCGCGCGGCCGGCCGACGAGCUGACGCUGCGCGAGCUGGCGACGGUGCGCGUGGUCGAGGCGUCGGAGCGGACGCAGGCCGCGCGGCUCGAAAGCGCGCGCGCGGCGCUCGACGCGGCCAAGCGGCGCGACGCGGCCGAGCGGGCGCACGAGCGGCUCCGCGCCGAGCACGAGGGCCUCGCGCACGGCGCGGCGCAGCGCGAGCAGCUGCUGCGCGACGACCUGGCGCGGGUCGCCGCGGAGCUCGAGCACGCGCGGCGCCGCGAGGCGGAGCGCGCGGAGGCGCUCGAGGCCGGCCGCGCCGCGUCGGUGCGCCUGGCGCGCGUCGAGGCGGACCGCGCGCGCUACGUCGCCGAGAACGCGGAGCUCGCGGCGCACCAGGCCAAGGCGGCGGACGCGGUCCGGUCGGCGGCGGCCGCCGAGGCGGACUGCGCGCGGCGCGUCCGCGACGCCGAGGCCGCGUGCGAGCUCGCGCGGCAGGAGGCGAGCCACCAGCGCGACGUCGCCAACGCCGAGGCGAAGCGCGCGGACGCGGCCGAGUACCGCGGCCUCCGGGCCGACGAGGCCGUCGAGGAGAAGCGCGUUCAGGUCGCGGACCUGCAGCGGCGCCUGGCGCUCGAGGGCGACGCGUUCCGCGAGAAGCUCGAGGCGCGCACGCGCGAGGUCGCGGCGGCGGCCGACGCGCGCGUCGAGGCGCUCCGGAGGGAGCGCGAGACCUUCGAGCAGCGCGAGGCCGCCAGCCUCCGCGAGGCGCGCGCCGACGCGGUCGAGGACGCGCGCCGCGAGCGCGAGGCGCGCGUCGCGGCCGAGGCCGAGGUCGCGGGCGCGCGGAGCCGGGCGGCCGAGGCCGAGGCGCGCCGGGUCGCGGAGACGGCCGAGGCCGCGGCCGAGCGGCGCGUCCUGGCGUACGAGCUCGCCGCGGCCGCGACGCGGCUCCGCGCGGCCGAGCGCGACCGCGACGAGGCGCGGCUCGAGAACGCCAUGCUCCGCGAGCAGGUCGCCCGUCGCGGCCGCGCGAACGAGGGGGGGGGGGAUAGGGCUCGUCGCCGCCCGGGCGCCGCGCCCUCGCCGAACCGCCGCGCGCCCACCGCAGGUCGCGACGCGCGAGAACGCCGCGCUCGAGGAGAAGGUCGCCGGCGAGCGCCGCCGCCUCGAGACCGAGGUCGACGACCUCGCGGGCAAAGUGCGCGCCUACGAGCAGCUCGAGCUCGAGCUCGACUCGGCGGUGCUCCGCGCGGGCGGCGCGCCGGAGCCCGGCGUCGCCGACGCGGGCCUCCGCGACGCGGCCGUGGCGGCGGGCCUCUCGCGGCCCGAGCGCCGCGUCCGCCACGCCGUGCUCCUCGCCCAGCGGCUCCUGAAGGCCGAGGCCGCCGGCGAGGCGCUCGCGCGGGCGAACGACGGCCUCGCGGCGCAGGCGGCGGCGUUCCGCGCGCGCGCGGACCUGGCCGUCGCGCGCCUCGCGACCGCCGAGAAGCCGACGCAGUUUCUGCUCCAGGCGCUCCAGGAGCGCGACGCCCACGCCGCGCGGCUCCGCGCGCGGCUCCACGCGGCCGAGAAGAGCGCCGCCGGCGCCGUCGCCGACGCCGAGGGCCUCGCGACGCACAACGCGCGCCUCGAGGCCGAGGUCCACAAGCUCGUCCAGCACCGCGCGGAGCUCCAGCACCUCAAGCACCACGUCGCGCGCCUCCGCGCGCAGCCGCCGCCCCCGCCGCGCCCGCCGCUCGGGCCCCGCAACGACCCGUCACCGCUCGCGGCGGCGCCCGAGCCGCCGCCCAAGCCCGGCAGCCCGGCGCCCGCGACGUCGGUGCACACGACGCCGCGCCGGGCGGACGCCCAGCCCUUCCACACGCGCGCGUAA